AUGACAAAUAUUAAGUCUCAUGCAUACACCACAAAGUUAAAGGCGUUGAAUGAAGCUUGUUUCAAGUUGGUGAACAAUGCAAGUAAUUUGCCAUCCUCAAAUGAUAUAACUAGCUUGUUGAAAUUUUUUCAAAACAGCCUGUACAACAUACUCAAGGAUAUACAUGUCCUCUCCAUUGAGCGUUUUAUGAAUAGGAUCAAUGAUCAGGAGUGGAGGUCCAAACAUUUACCUCAACUUGACUACGGAACACUUUAUUUGUGCCUUUUAACAAUUUCAGAGCAAAUUCAAAAGCUUACUAACCAGAGCGCUGUUUGUGAACACUUACUACGUACAAUUCAAAGUCUCAUAUUUUGUUUGGAUUAUGACUGUUUAGAAGGUGUACCGUUAGCCAUCACAUGGAUGUUACAUUAUUUCUUUCGAUUGAGUUAG